CAGCAAGGCCUAUUAAUAGCUCAGCCCAAUGAGUUUGAGGCUAAACAUCGACCUCCUGUCAUCCAGCAUCUACCCCCACUCAGUGCUCCUCAGCCAGCAUUCAGUGACGCCCCAAAGAUCAUUGAACAUGGAUCCUUCACAAAAGCUGUACCAACCAGGGAAAAGAAAUAUGUACGAAGGGUUAGUGACUCCAUCGGCAAUAACUACAGUCCCAGAGCAAGGAACUUUACAACAGCCCAGAUCUAUGAGUCCACAAAGCUGGCAUACACAGUGGAAGAAACCUACUUCCUGUCUCCAAGAAAAUCAGUUGGAUCACACUGCCAGACUACCUCAGCUUGCAGCCUGCCACCACUAGACAGCACGAGAAGACUCAACACAGCCAGCAGCAUACCUCUCAGUGGAUCCAGAUACCACACAAACCAUGACCAUGAAGAUGUCCAGGCUGGUUCAUGGAUUUCUGAACCAUCACAGCAGUUGUUCCCUCCAAUUAAUGGUCACUCUACUGACAGUCAAAAA